CCAUCAACCAACCCAUUUAAAGAAAAUAUCUAAACUUCAAUAAUUUAACUUUGUCAUGAAGAAAGAGAUUACCAACUUCUUGGUAGUCAUAGAGUGACAUGUUUAUCUCUUUUAUAUUCAUGUUGACUUCAAAUUAAUAAUACACCUCCUAUUCCAAUAAACAAAAACUUCCCUUAUGGCAUUUCUCACUAUUGGCCACAAUUGGUUUAGAAUAAGGACCCCUUUUGUUCCAUUAUCCUACAAGGGUAGAAGACCAUUCAUCUCUAACUCAAAUCAUGAAGAAAAGAAAGACAUUGGAGGAGGAGGAAAAGGCAAGUUGAAAUGGAAAUUAUUGUUGAAUGAUUUUGAGAAGCUAAUUGGGAAGAGGCCACAAAAGAUGAACAAUUUAAAUCCACAACAAAAGGGUGAUUGGAAAGACUUGUUUUUAAUGAGUAUUUCUUUUGCUGUUUAUGUUUACAUAUCUCAAAAGCUAGUUUGUGCUUAUUGUGCUUGGGUUUCUUUUAUGCCUAAACAUGUAUGGUAGCUAUUAACUAUACUUUACUUUUUUAUCACUCAAUUUCAUUUGUUGAAAAGCUAUUGUAGCCAUUGGCCUUAUAUUUUUAGAAGGGGUUAUAAUUGUAUAUUAUAUAAGAUAAGAUAGAUUUUUAUGUAAAUAAAAAAAGAUUUAUGUUAUGUUUGGAAAAUGCUAAUGUAGAUAUACAAAAGGAUAAUUGUGCAUUAGGAAGUUUUAUGAAAUAUGAUCGGUGUGUUUUUUUGUUUUUGUUGAUGAAAUAUAUGAAUGGCAUGUUGAUAA